AUGGCGACUAUUAGCAGCAGCGCCAUUCAUGGCCCUGUUUAUCUGUGCGCUACUCACACCACACAUGUCAAAGCAAAGGGACGUAUUUCUUCUCUUUCAUUUCCUGGACCCAAUGUUAGUCCCAACCAACAGAAUUUCAUAUUCCCCAGGUUGAGAAAUUGUUAUAAAUGGAAGACAGCAGUGGAACAAUGUCUUAGGGUACCAGUGACAUUUUGUUUGAUGGGAAGUAAUUCUGAAGCAUGCCCAGAAACAGACCAGACAUGUGUUCCAAAUGAUGCCGCAAAGGAAGCAGCUAUUGACCUAAAGCUCCCUAGAAGAAGCUUGUUAGUAACUUUCACAUGUAACUCUUGUGAUGCACGAUCACAGAAGUUGAUAAACAGAUUAGCUUAUGAGCGAGGGCUUGUUUAUGUACAGUGUUCAGGAUGUUCCAAGUAUCACAAGUUAGUCGACAAUCUCGGACUUGUGAUUGAGUACAACUUCCAGGAGGAAACUGAUCAAAUCUAG